AUGUUAGUGUUCCGGGAAGGCUGUCUCAUUGAGGCCUACCCAAACCGCCCAGGACCUGUCACCGUCAUCACUGUGGAGCAAGUGUCACUUAUCGUGGGUUUCGAAGAACCUCCUCUUGCCACCAAUUUUGAUAGCUACGAGGUUUCCUUCAGCCAAGACGGGAGCAACAUCGAGGUGUCCGCUGGGUCUGCCGGUGUCAAUGACACCAUGUUCAGGGUUGAAGGUCUUAACCCAGAUACGUUGUAUACCAUCUAUGUGAGGACUGUGAGUGGGACUGGGCCAUCACGAAGUGUCAGUGAACCAUCCACGGUUCAAGAAGCCACAUCAUCUACAUUGGAGCUCGGUCAGAUCAUUGUUCAAACUGUGGACACCACUUCGAUCACAUUUACAUAUGGAGUGAACAACAGCUUGGCAGGAGAGGUCUCCUUCCUACCCACACGAUCUCCAAGCGAUGGCACCAUACGUCACAUUGCUGCAGAGCGACGUGUCUUCCUCACCGGUCUUAUACCUGGAAAGAGCUACACACUUACUCUUAAUGUUGUUGGAGGUGAUGAUACUGUGUACACGGAAUCUACAAGGACAGUGCCUUUACAGCCCCCAUUUGUCACUUUGGUGGCAAGGUAUGUUGAUGCUACACUGACUUGGGGUGUUCCCACAGGCAGCAUCGUAAAUGGUUACGAGGUCAGUGUAGACGGUGCUAUGUAUAAGGAUGUACCUGGAGACACAAGAAGUUUGGUCAUCGAAGGACUGAAGCCUGCUACCAGCUAUGAGGUGCAAGUACGCUCCGUCAGUGAGGAUUUGAAUGCGAGACGUACCAGUAGUCCUUCAACCAGAUCAACUACUACACAGACUGCUUUGUGCUGUACAAUCCGUGAGUCGGUGACAUCGACUACAGUGGAUGUUUACUUUGGGGAGCUGGAUGGUGAAGUAGUGGCAUACGUUGCCACACUGGAAGACUCAGAGGGCCCUGUAAUUAAUGAUGAACUGUUGAAUUCUCCUGUGGCAUCUUUUGAUAAUCUCGAUCCCUCUGAAGUACAUACCUUGAGUAUCAACUCAUUAAUUCCUCCAUUUGAAUCUCUUUCAAGGACAUUCAGAACAAAUCCACCAUCGCCUGGUGACAUCACUAUACAGGAAAUUACUUCCACAUCUAUCAGGGUAUCAUGGGAUAGAGCUGCUGAUGAUCUCACCACAGUCACUGGCUAUGUGCUCAGCUACGUUGAUGCAUCAGGACUUGAGACAGAAACUGUCUCAAAGCCUUGUGACCCGAAUGAAUAUACCUUGACGGGCCUGAACCCAGACUCCUACUAUAAGAUUAUCGUCAAAACUCAACUGAUGGAGGCAGGGGUUUUCCCAGAGCAAGAGGGGGAUGAUGAUAGCUCUGUACAGUUCAAUACAGAACCUGUCCCCGAAGACACAAUAGUGGUUCAGAGGAGAACUACAACCACACUGGGCAUUGUAUGGAAUGCUGAGGGUCUGAGUGGUCAGCUGAUACGUUACAGACGCGUUGACUCAGAUGAUGUUGAACAGUCGGUGCCAGCGAGCGGGAAUACUGCAACUCUCGGUAACUUGCUGCCCGGAACACUCUACUCUUUCCAACUAAGCAUUAGUGGCUUCACUGUUGCAAGUGGAAUAGGAAGAACAGUUCCCAGACAACCAGGGACACUCUCACUGACAGAGACAACUUCAACAGAGCUGUUCAUCGAAUGGCCGCAGGAGACUGGAAAUGCAGAUUUCUACCGCAUAACCGUUUCCCCUCUUAACAUGGCCGACUGCCCUGAGAAGACAGAGCAGACCACUGAUCUACGAUCUGUGACGUUGAACCGACUCUUCCCUCAAACAACAUACUUGGUGACGGUCAGAGCGGUGGCCGGUAUCAGUCAGGAUCAGACCGAGAGCACUGCCCAGUCCAAUACUUUUACAACAGCGGAUGCCCUUGAAGGAGAGGUGUUUUUGAUAAAUCGCACCAGUUAUUCAAUGGAGAUUCUUUUUGAACCCAUCACUGCUCCAUCAUCGACCUUCCCUCAUGUCGUGACAAUCACUCCAGCCCCCAAUGAUGGUGUCGGCGACCUACUGAUCCAGGGAAACGACAGGAUCGUGGACAUAGAUAACCUCACACCGGGCCAGACCUAUAGCAUCACUAUUAGGAGGAAUGAAGUUCCAGGCCCAGUUAGGCAGAUAACAACAAUUCCCCGACCUCCCCAGGAAGUGGGCAUUUGGAUAGCCAAGACGACACAGACGUCGCUGACUGCUUUGUGGGAACAUCCAUUGAGGCCAUCAUCCACCUCCCCUAUCCCAUUGGUAGAUCAGUACGUGAUGGAAGUCACUCGUGAUGGGAAUCCAGCAGGGUCGCAGACCGUCGACGGCGAGGUCACCGCAGCUACGGUAGACGGACUGGAGGUCAGCACAGAAUACGAUGUCCAUGUCACCUCUUUAGCUGGUGUAGGUGUGGACAAUGUCAGAAGUGAGACUGUCACCCUCACUGCUAGUACAGUGACACCCCUCCCCGGUCAAAUCCUUGUCAUCGCAUACACUAUUACCACCAUUGACUUUGUGUGGGGAGACAGCAGCGAAGAGGCAGGAUUUGUCCGCGACGACGUGACCUACUUGCCGCUAACCACAAAUUCUAACUAUGAACCAACUGGAACCAGACGAGGUAGACUGACAGUCCUCACGCCUGGUGCUUUGUACAACAUUCGUCUUGAUGUCGUCUCAUCUGCUCCUCAGGACGACACUACUUCCCAGAGAACUGUACCGCUGCCCCCGACCGACCUGAUAGUCCUUAGCAGGACUCAACUGUCGGUGACAUUCAGUUGGACUCUCGGAAACACUGAACUAGAUAACUUUACAAUCUCCUACAUGCUACGUGACGACAAUGUUGAAGUGACGGUCAAUCCUGGUCUUACUACCUACGAGCUGACCAAUUUGGAGCCUGAUACAGCAUAUAGCUUCAGUAUGGUAACAGUUAGUGGGGAUGAACAGAGUUUAGAGGUCACUACAAAUGGGGCAACAGAUCCACUGGCAUCAAACACCAUCCUUGCUGCUGAAACGACAGACUCGUCAAUUAAAGCAUGGUUUACCCCCAUCAGUGGCGCUGCCGGUCCGUACGGUGUCGCUGUACCUGGGCGAGCUGAUCUGACCAUUCAAGACAAUGAACCCCUGACCUUUACCCUGACUGGCUUGUCACCUAGCUCUGUUUAUGAUAUUGACGUUUACAGGUCGAAUCAGGAAUACACCGACUCUGUCAGGACAAAUCCGCCUAAUCCUGGUGAAGUGACUUCGCUUGAGGGUGGAAGAUUUGCAGUAGAAUUCAGCUUCAGUGCUGGUGUUCCUGCAGAAGCCAUUAACUCUUAUCAGAUUUAUCGUCAGGGUGAUGGAAUGUCAAGGGUCCUUGGUAAUCCAUCGUGUUGCAACCGGGUGUUGCUUGCAACGUUGCUUGCCACUGCCCCACUGUCAUUUGAAGACACAGGUCUGAAUCCUAAUACAACCUACAUGUAUGAGAUCAGUUCUCUCCUCAAUGCUGCAGAUGGCUUUCCCCUCCAAAUGAGCAAUCAAGUACAGCUUGUCGACGUCGUCACAGAUGAACUCCCCGCAGGAACCGUGGACGUUCGUGAAACGACGACUACUACCAUCAACCUGGUAUGGCUGACAACUGAUUUGAAUUCCUUGGCUUUCUUCAUCAGCUACAAACCUACACAUGAAACACAACAGACACAGAGAACUCUGUCUGUAUCACCAGAAAUCGUGUAUGCUGAGUACACUCUGGAUUCACUGACUGCUGGGGAGCUCUAUACAAUUAGAAUACAGAAUGGUGACAACGACCUCAACGAUGAGAUCACACAGAGAACUUGGCCGAAUGCUAUCACUCAGUUGACGUCGUCCCUCACUACAUCAACCAACAUCACACUCAACUGGAAUAGCGCCCCCAGGGUUGUGUCGUAUUACGAAGUCGCGUAUGAUCCUCCCAAUGGCAAGUCUCCAAGACGCACUGAUGUACGGGCAGAUGAACCACGCACCCUUACCCUGUCAGGAUUGUUCCCUGAUUCUCAAUAUACAGUUACCGUGGUAACGUGGUCUGGGACCGGUGAAGAUGCUACAUCAAGCACACCAUUCUCAGUCAUGUUUAAUACAGCUCCUAUCCAACCACUGCAAGUCAUUGUGCGAUUUGUGAAUGAGACCGAGGCCCAGUUGACUUGGGGUUUAGUUCUUGGAGAGGAUACGUACAUCAUCACCGUGGAUGAUAGUGGUUUGGACCCUGUCUCAUCUCAAGUAACAGUUCCGGAAGGGGAAACACCGUUGUCUGUGAGGAAGGGGCUAACACCUGGAAGUCUGUAUACUGCAAUCGUUCAGACUACAAAGGCGAACGGUCGGGAUCAACAAUUCAGGACAUCCCCCUACCCUCCAACCGAUCUUGAUGUCACCGAAAGUACCCCAACAUCCAUCAGCGUGGCGUGGGCACCACCAAGGGCUGGAGGAGUCUUUGACGAGUACAUCUUGUCCUAUAGCAUUGGGGAUAGAAUCAGGACGGAGGUUGGACGAUUCGCACCCGAUGUCACCACGGCAACCAUCAAUAACCUGAACACGGCUACCACCUACAACAUCUACCUCGUUACCGAGGCUAAUGAUGGAGGUUUCCCCCAGAGCAGCGAUGUGAUUACUAGGGAGGGGCGAACAGAAAUCCCAGCUCCUGGAGAGAUCAUCAUCAUCAACCGAACUCCGACCAGCUUUAGAUUCCAGUGGGGUCCAUCCACUAUGGAAGAUGUGAGUUAUAUCACCACUUACAGACCAUCAGAUGGCUCCAAGCUUGAUACCCUCAGCAUCAGACAGUCUGAUGUUACUGGUGCUAUCCCAGGACGUCUCUAUGAACUCACAGUUUUUGUUCUCCCAGGAGAACAGCAGGAAACGGGCCUCGUUCGAACCUUGCCUUCAAGUCCAGUUCUCCUAGCUGCAACCGUUGUUGACUAUGUCUCGGUGACUUUAGUGUGGAUUCCAGGGAGUGGGGAGUAUACCGGCUUCAUCAUCAGCUACAAACCCACAGCGGGCAUUAAGUACAUUGAUGUGGCGGAGGUGGACCAAGAUGUGAGGACAUGGAAGGUCGAAGGCCUCUCCCCGGACGUUUCGUAUGACUUCCAGGUCGUUGCGGUGAGUGGAGAAACCGACACCACAUACAGUGAACCUACCAGGAAGACAAACACCAUGACAUUAUCUAUUACUGCCGACGCCUUUGUCGUGUUGGACUACAACUCAACUUCAAUUACUGUGGCCUGGAGAGACACAAACACCAAUAUCAUAGUCAGCAUUGACCCCCAGGACGAUGAAGCAAGGAACGUGAAUGUUGGUGAAAGGCCCGUUCAUACUUUCACCGGUUUGAACUCAUCCACUGCUUACACUAUUACCUCAUUGAGUCAAUUGCAGAACCUAGAGACUCAAGUUAGAACGAACCCAGCAUCGCCAUCAAAUCUGGAGGUUUCCAAGACCUCGACCUCGUUCUCUAUCAAAUGGGAAGCAGCCGAGUCGGAGGUCAGUCAGUACAAGGUUGAUGUGAAGUGCGCAGAUAUGUCCUGUUCCUUCAACGGUGUUAUCUACCCCAACGAGAGACUGGUUUAUGAGCUCGAGGGACUGUUCUAUCUCAGGGAGUAUCUAGUGACCGUGUCGUCUUGUCUGGAUGCGGAUAGCCAAUUUGCAGAGCAGAUGGGUGAAGAACCUUUAGAGAGUAGCAUCGUUACAGAUGACGUGCCUGUUGACGAGAUCGUUGUUCAGGAGACCACGACAGACAGCAUCACCAUCUUCUACGCCACCGGUAACAGGCGAGGAUUCGUUGAAGCCAUCUACCUCGCAGGAACACCAGCUCUAGUAGGAUCCAAUACCUUUGUCACCGGAGCUGUAGUCGAGAAGACAUUCAAUGGCUUGACACCCGGAAUGCUUUACACUAUACGGAUCACGGAAUUAACUAACACCAUUAUGCAAAGGACUGUCAAUGUCCGCACAAGACCCAUCGCUCCGUCUUCUAUUUUCGGAAGCCCCACAUCCACCGUGAUUCCAGUCGCUUGGCUCGCCUCUCCUGGACCUAUCAGCUUUUACGAAGUAACGUAUUCUCCUCCCGAUGGUACCACUCCGGCCGUUUCUAGAGAAGACGCUAGGGGAACUCUGUCUCUGGACAUUGUUACUCUUCUACCCCAGAAGGUGUACACUGUGUUUGUUAGAGCUGUGGCAGGAGUGGAUAACAUGCCGAGCAUCAGUGAAGCCGUAAGCGGAACGUUCGAAACAUUGCCAGCGCAGCCAGGAGAGAUCAUCUUGCGCAGGAUCACAACCGACACCAUCACCUAUACAUUGAGUGAAGUGCCCAGUGUCCUCCAGUAUAUUGUUCAGCUGAACAUAGGCACAGAUUUACAGUCCGCAAAUCCCCACGUACUUCCAAAUGUCGAAGGAGAGUUUGACGAACUCACGCCGGGUCAGUUAUACACGCUUGUUUUAACUGUGCCUGGUACACAAGGAGAUUUGGCCACCAUUCAAGUCAGAACAGACCCAAACCCUCCAGGAAGCGUGUCAGUAGAACUUACAUCGGUGCCCUAUUCGUCCUUGCUCGCGGAGUGGGAAGCGCCUCCAGCUGGUUCCCUCAGCGGAUACGAGGUUAGGGUCCGCCCGGCUGAUCAAGUCUUGACCACCGUUUGGGACGUCGUUGAUAGUUCUACCACAGAGCUACUGCUUGAUAACCUUCUCCCAGAGGUGAAUUACACUGUGGAGGUGCGGACCAUCUCGGCAGGGGAAGGAUUUUCAUCUACGAGUGACCCGACUGAAGCAAUGGGCAGAACUGCUCCAUUCCCAGAAGCUAUCUUGCUCGUGACUGGCUAUGACACCACUACCAUCUCUGUCACCUGGCGCAAGAAAGAAGGUGUCGACUACCUGGUGCAGUUCAUUGAAGUAGGCCAGGAGCUUGGAGAGGACUUCCAAGGCCUGGUCCAGUCGUCAUCAUCAACCAGCACCAUCCUGUCGUUCAGGUACACAGACCUGGUUCCAGGAAGAAAUUAUGAGCUCAUCGUCAGAAGCAACGAUCAAAGCGAGGACACAAUCCGUGUUAGUCAGAGAACCAUGCCGUCUCCACCGAUGAACGCUGCUGCUGCACCACUCAGCGCAGAGAGCAUCAGGGUGGCAUGGACCGCCGCCACAAAUGAUUUUGAGUUUUACGAAGUCACCUUCUAUCCUGCAGCUGAUAUGACAGAUUCUACUGCCAUGACCAUACCAAGGGAUCAAUUCAGUGUUGAUAUAGAUAGUUUAUUAGCCGAUACAGAGUAUGUUUUUGAUAUUAGGAGUGUGAGCGGCAGUGGGAAUUCGUUGCAGAAGAGUGCUGCUAUCACAGCAAGUGCAGCAACAGAACCAAUCAUCAUGAGACUCUUCUCUGCCGUGGAGAAUGUUUUGCUAAUUGAUUUCACCCCCAUCGUUGGUAUCUUUGAUGAUUACCGCUAUGGAUACCGCGCCCUUCCCUCCGGUACAAUCACCUACGAGCCACUUGACUCGGGAACGUCUCAGUUCGGCAUCCAGGGAUUGAGGUCAGGUGCUCUGUAUGAGAUAACGCUGGACACACGAAGAGGAGCGAUCUACACCGAAGUUGAUCGGAUCCAGGCUAGAACUAGGCCCUCUGCCCCUCGUCUGAUUAGUCCAGUGAGAGACUUCGAUGAUAAUUCAUUCACCUUAGAAUGGCUAGCCCCCUCUACAGCUCAGGUUGAUUUUGACGGGUUCCGCGUGAUCUAUACCCCUGCCGAUGGAGCGCUUGAGUCUCCACUGUUACUUGAUAAGACUCGGACAUCACUGUUCCUGACGCGUCUUGAACCAGCGACUGAAUAUAUGGUUACAUUGGUGUCUGUGUCAGGACAAGGAAGCACACAACAAGUCAGCUUUGAAGAAAAUGUUUCAGUUACAACAGCCGCUGGUGUGCCUGGUGGUGUCAACAUCAAGGAGCUGACUGAGACGUCCAUUCGUAUCACAUGGAACAGUGCUCCCAGUGUAACCUACAUCCCCACCAUCACACCAGAUGAAGGGACAACCGGGAUCUUGGGUGACGAGGCUGCCAUCUUUGAAGAACUCACCCCUGGCCAGCUCUACACACUGACAAUGACACAGAUUGGUGGUUCCUCAGGUCCCUCCACUCAACAGUACACAUUACCAAAUGCCCCCAUGGAUGUGGCCAUCUCCAGAACUACUGCCUUUGAACUGGACGUAUCCUGGAGUCCGCCAGCGCUUGGGUUCUACAACUCCUUUAGUCUAACCUACUCUCAGGUUGGGGCUAGUGAAGUCACUACUAUACCUGUUCCUGCGAGUGAUACACCCUCUGUUACCUUGCCUGACCUUCUGCCAGAGACGUCCUACGCUGUAUCGGUUGUCUCGGUCAGAGGAACUAUCAGCAGUCAGCCUGCUGAGACGUCGGGAACCACAGGUCGAGCCCCAGAGGGUGUGCCGGUACUUGUAGAACGUACGACUACCACCAUUUCCAUCAGCUGGGGUGCAUCAAUGGAUGCACUGGCUACCGGAUACCAGCUGAGGAUCAGAACAGAAGGAGGUACAUCCAUCCUCUUCAACCUAGGGCAAGCACUCACCACCUACACCUUUAUGAACUUGGAAUCAGGAACAUACUAUAUCAUCAGCCUGCAGAUUGUUGGGCUGUCAGAAGCACCACAGGAAUUGCCAGUCACGACAUACCCUCAGACCCCAGGUGCCAUUCAGAUCCUUCGCACCACGCAGACCAGUAUCACCUUCGCCUGGGGCAGCGCCGGAGGAAACUUUGAUCUCUACUCUAUCAAUCUGUACCCUGAUGGUUCCCAAACUGCCUUCCUGCAGGAUGUUCCCAGAGGCUCCGACCUUACCGUCUCCAAGAACUACCUUGCCCCUGGAACGUUGUAUAGGAUCGAGAUCUACGCUGUCACAGGAUCUACACGCAGUGCUCUCCGAGACACCACUGCUUCUACUGCAAUGGAGCUUUUGGUCUUCAUCACAAUUGAUGCCUUUGGCGUGGCUCUUUCCUGGCCUAAUGCACCAGAUUUUUCCAAUUACUAUCUUGAAUAUGAUCCCUCAAAUGGUAUGCCGCCCUCUCCAGUUCCUACCACCCAGGACAGUGUCUUCCUCAAUAGUCUUACUCCAGGACAGGUCUACAACUUUGCUCUCUCCUCGGGCACUCCUGAAACAGGCACACAGAGUUUAGUCAGGGCAACAUAUGUCUUAGCGCCGCUUGCACCGACUAUGGAGAUCAUGAUCCUCUCUCCAACUACCAUUCUGAUCAAGAUCCUACCAGCCUCCGCAGGGGUCCUGGAUUACUAUCGAGUGGGUGUGACAGCCAGACAGACGGGGUUGGGUGUCGGCCAAAACGGUGUCGCUAGCUUCAAUAUCCCCAGAGAGGCCUGUCCUGACGUGGUUAUCACAGACCUGGUACCUGGAGGAAUGUACGACGUUGAGGUCGUAGCUGUGUCCGGAGAGACGAAUAGUGCUGUUUCAUCCAUGGAUGUCUCCUUAGAUACCAUGGUUGCUGGCCAGUUGACUGUGAGUGAUCGCACUACAAACUCUCUAGAAGUAGUCUGGGGUGCAGUCACCGGUAGAACGUUCACCAACUAUGUGGUGAACCUGUUUAUUGGUAAUACUCGGACCCAGACCCGAUCACAGGGCAUCAACGAGGAACGCAAGGUGUUAUUUGAGGGCCUGCUGCCAGGCACAGAGUACUCCCUGAAUCUGGCAGUGGAAGGAGAUGCAAUUACACAGUCUACCAUACUUACUGCUACAGCACCGCUGACCCCUGGUAGCCUGUCCUUCCUGUCAGUCGAAGGUCAAGAGGUCACUCUAGCAUGGCCUGCUAGAAACUCUCAGGUUGAUUCCUAUGAGCUCUGCUGGACUCCUUCCAGCCAGACUCGAAGUCCUACUGCCGAUGCAACCCAGGAGCUCCUGACGUUAGAGCAGUCUGAUGUGGAAUACACCAUCUCCUUGUAUGCUGUGGUGUCUGUGGGUGUAGGGGACGAAGUGAAGACUAUCAGAAGUGAUGCAAUCACCUGCUUCAUCACACUCAGUGAGGGCCUUGAAGGCGAGCUGAACGUGACAGAUUUCACUUCCGACUCAAUCUCGGUAGAGUGGAGCGAGGUCGUCAGCAUCAACUUUGAGAACUACCGCCUCCAGGCUACACCAGAGGGCGACGGAUCCCCAAUUGUGGCUGUGAUACCUCCCGAGGGUCCCAGGAUGCAUACCUUUGAGAACCUGAUACCAGGUGUUAGGUACACCAUCAAUAACAUCUUUGAAGGCUCUGAUCCAAUGGUGACUAGGACUGUACAUCAAAGAACAAGACCAAAUCCAGUUUCUGGACUCACUGUGGCUGAUUUGACCCCUCAAUCCAUCACCGUGACCUGGCAACAUGCUACAGGCUCAUUCAACGACUACAUUGUCACCUACACUCUCUCCGAUGACCCCAUGAUGGUCAUCUAUGCGGAUCGCAUCCCUAGCGAUGGUACCCGAGUGUCAGUCAUAGAUGGGUUGCUCCCUGAUACAUCCUACGUGGUAACUGUCUACACCAGCAGUGGAACCGACGCUGAUCAGACAACAAGUACAGAAGAGUUCGUCCAGGCUAGAACUAGUAAGGGUUCUCCUCUGUACGACUCCUUCACACUUGACAUAUUAAACUGCCUAAAAAACCCAAUGAGGUGAAAGGAAAUCAAUGUAGGGGCAGUGGAAUUCUCUGCUGCCAAUCACAUGAUUCUAGAGAUGUAGGUUUUGGCGUCUUCACAAGAGUUGGGGUUAUACGUCUAGGUCGGAUAUCUUAAUUUCUUUUACCACAGAAUCUGUAGGUGUCUUUUUUAGAUUGUAGCUGUAGACAUCUAUGAUACGAGAGUGCCAGUGGAACUCUCUGCUACCAAUCAAGUGAUUCAAGAUGUGACCAAGGUCGAGAUAAAACUGACUGAAUAAUCAAUGGUGUCAGUUUCGCCGCAUUCACAAGAGUUGGGGUUAUAUACGACUAGCUCGGAUAACUUAAUUUCUUAUUUCACAGAAUCUUUAGGUAUCUUUAGGAUUGUAGCCGUAGACAUCUAUGAUACGAGAGCAUCAGUGGAAUUCUCAGCUACAAAUCAAGUGAUUCUAGAUGUGACCAAACUGACUGAAUAAUCAAUGGUGUCAGUUUCGCCGCCUUCACAAGAGUUGGGUAAUAUACGACUAGCUCGGAUAUCUUGAUUUUUUUCCCCACAGAAUCGUUAGGGGUCUUUGAGAUUGAAGGUGAGACAUCUAUGACACGAGAAUGUCAGUGGAAUUCCAGAUGUGACCAAGUGCGAGAUAGAACUGACUGAAUGAUCAAUGGUGUAGGUUUUGCCGCCUUCACAACAAUCAGGGUUAUGCGCCUAGCUCGGAUAUCUUUUUUUUCUUUUUACCACAGAAUCUUUAGGUGUCUUUUUUAGAUUGUAGCCGUAGACAUCUGUGAUACGAGAGCAUCAGCGGAAUUCUCUGCUACAAAUCACAGGAUUCUACAUGUGACCAAGUGCGAGAUAAAACUGACUGAAUAAUCAAUGGAGUGGGUUUCGCAGCCUUCACAACAAUCGGGGUUAUGAGACCAACUCGUAUAUCUUAAUUUGUUUUAGCACAGAAUCUUUAGGUGUCUUUGAAUCUUUAGGUGUCUUUGUAGCCGUAGGCAUCCAUGAUACGAGAGUGUCAGUGGAAUUAUCUGCUACAAAUCUCAUGUGUCGAGAUGUCACCAAUUACGAGAUAGCAGUCACCACAUCAGCUGGAGGCAUGGCUCAGAUCAUCACAGUUAAAAAGGGCAUUACUCUGCAGAUAUCACGGACCUGAUCGGUGGUACCAGUUAUGAUGUAGAUCAGGCUGUAGGAAAGAACUACAAGAGGUACGUAUUUACAAUUUAAAAAAAUAUUUUAUAUGAUUGUAGAAAGGUGUUUGGUAAUCCAAAAAGACACAAAUUCAGUUGUUACUGAUGAAAUUUGGAUAAUCGGAGGGUUUAGCAAUAUUUUUCUUCCCCUCAGGUAGCCAGUAAUUACUGUGCCUGAUGCUAAAUCAUUCUCAUCACUUGUAACUUUGAGUUUUUUAUGCCUCCGUUACGAAGUAGCCGAAGUCAUCAUGUUUUCGGGUUGUACGUCCGUCCGUC